AUGGCGUUUAUCCGUGGCUACCGCGAGAGCGACAAGGAAGACUGCGGGUUCAUCUGCCGGGAGACCUUGCCCCCUUCUCUGUCCCCCGCCCAGGCCUCGAGCAGGGUCCAGCUCCUGGCGCCCUACGUCUGGACGCACCAGUUCACCUACCUCUCCCCGGAAACGUGCCACGUGCUCGACGACGGCAGCGGGAGGGCCGUGGGCUACUGCAUCGGGUGUCCCGACGUGCACGCCCUGACGAGGGUGUACGGGCGCUUCGUGGACGAUGUCCUGCUGCGGGAGGACGAGGGCGUCGUCGUCGUCGUCACUUCUUCGAGAAGGCCGCCUGAUCAGGAUGGCGAGGAGGAGGAGGAGAGGAUGGCGUGGGUGAACGGGGCGAGGGUGCCGUGGAUGGUUGAGGUUGAUGAUGAUGCUGCUGCUGCUGCUGCUGCUGCCGCGGACGGCGAAGGCCGGAAUAAAGGAGCCUGGACGGAAGAUGGGAAGGAGAGUAAGGACGAAAAGCAGAAGAAGAAGACGAGAAUGGUGACGAACCCCAAGGCCCUGGAGCAGCUCGCCUUCCGCCCAGACCUGCUGCUCGCGCACCCAACGUUUUCGAAACCGACGCUGGACCAGCAGCAGCAGCACCCGCCCUUGCCCAGCUACCGCGCGACCAUGCACAUCGACCUACUCCCCGGGUACCAGGGCCAGGGCUGGGGCCGGAAGCUGAUCGACACGUUUGUCGAGAGCGUCGUCAGGGCGGCGUCGGCGGCGGCGGCUGGUAGUAGCCACCGGCAGAUAGAUGAGGAGGAGGAAGAAAAGGAGGACAGCAGCGCGCGGGGGCGCCGCGACAACAGGCCAGACUACGGCUCGGGCAUAUGGAUCGGCGUGUCCCCCGAGAACCGCAAAGUUCUGCCCUUUUACGCGCGCGUCGGGUUCCGCCUCGUCAUGAACGACGAUGCCGAAGGGGUAGUGCUCGUCAGGGAUAUCCCGCCGCUGCCUCCUUCUGCUGCCCCUGCUGCAGCUGCAGUUCCUGCGCCAGUUUGA